GAGUGCAGAGCGUUGGAGAAGGAUGCAACGAACGCAAAGUGGUAUUGUGAACAGGAGAAGAGACCAGAAUAAGUUAACCCGGAUGCAUUAUUUUUGAAUGCGCCAAUUUUCACACCGACACUUCGCCUGUCAUUCAAGUUUGCUAGAAGAAGUUUAACCAAUAUUGUGCCAUAAAAGAUAACGGACGGAUGGAAGGGGCUAUUUUUGUCCGCUAAGACUCAAAGGGAUAACAUAAUGGAGACAACUCUGAAAGCAAUAACGCGUUAAUAAGCAUUCAAGUCAUGCAGUGUUUAUAAGAGCACAGAGGACAGCCCAUUAUCAAUUUGGGUCAGUGAAUGCUCGCUUAUAUACCAUAGUCCAAUUUUGUAUGCGUGCAGAGGGAAAUUGGAGCGAGCAAGCCUGUGCAUCUGGAUGGCAAGUAGUUUAUGGCACUUUGCAAAAAUAAUAGAUAAACGCCCACUAUCCAAAAUUAUCCUUUCAGGGUAGCCUAUUGGUAGGAAUUUACACUGAUAAUCUGGACAAUCGGUGCAUAUUCAUUUGGAGAGUGGGUGGACAGUGGCCUUAUCAUCAUGCAAUGUCCCGUAUUGCUGGACACGUUUCAAACCAGAAACCUACAUGUGGCCGCUGAUACACUUUAAACGCAAGACUAGAGAGGCCGACACAUUGUAUCCCCUCACACAUUCCAAGUACUGUGAGUGUUGUCUCUGGUUGAUUGUUUUUGUUGUUGAAGUUUAACCUUAGGUGUUUGCCCAAGUCACGCUAUAGCUGUGCACUCCGAGUGAUUUAGUGAACUUCGUUCGCACUCUUUGUCUAACUCGAUUCCCCGUGCCUUCUUUUUUUCGGGGGUAAAACGACAGUAGAGAGCCAAGGAGCAGGAAUGGCUUUCGCGUUUUGGGACGGCUGUAAUGGUUUGGGAUUUAUUUUGAUUUUUCUUGUGGAUUUACUGGGAAUAACUGCAAGUAACAUGGAACCUAUUUAUUGGAAUACAUUGAACAAGAGGUUUCAGGAUGACAGGGGGUAUGUGUUGUACCCCCAGAUAGGGGAUCGUCUAGAUCUGAUCUGCCCAGCCUCCAACCCCCAAGGCCCCCGCUCCCCCAGUGAGUAUGAGUACUACAAGCUGUACCUGGUGUCCACACGCGAGCAGGCUGACCGCUGUGAGGUGAUGGGCGCGCCAAACCUGCUGCUCACCUGUGACAAGCCCAACAGUGACAUGCGCUUCACCAUCAAGUUCCAGGAGUUCUCCCCCAACCUGUGGGGACAUGAGUUCAAGACCCUGCAGGACUACUACAUCAUUGCUACCUCAGAUGGGACGAGGCAGGGACUGGACAGCAUGAGAGGAGGAGUGUGCGUGACACGAGGGAUGAAGGUGAUUCUCAAAGUGGGACAGACUGCUUAUGGCCUCCCACCCAAACCCAAACCAGACCCAAACCGCUUCCACCCCAAAGGGAAUGGGACGAUACCCAAGGCAGGUGGCGAGGGCGAGGGGAACAACGGGAACAACGGGAACAACCCUCCAACCUCCUCUAGCGUGGCGGUGAUCGCUGGAGCGGUAGGGGGCGGAGCCUUCCUCCUCAUCGUGACUGCAGUCAUCUGUGUGGUGUGCUACCGCUGGCGACAGAACAAGCACUCUGAGACUCACCACCCCACCCUGACCCUGACCACCCUCACCCCCAAGAGGGGCAGCACCAGUGGGGCCGGCUGCUCCACCGGAGGCAACAACGGCUCAGAGCCCAGUGACAUCAUCAUCCCGCUGCGGACUUCAGACUCGGCCUACUGCCCGCACUAUGAGAAGGUGAGCGGGGACUACGGCCACCCCGUCUAUAUCGUCCAGGAGAUGCCCCCCCAGAGCCCAGCCAACAUCUACUACAAAGUAUGAGAGAGGGACAGCCACACAGCCCGGCUGUCAUAGACAUACAGGUGUGCCAACACAUAGACUGCUGUUUUCAACAUAGAAAUAAAACUGUCCCUCUAGCUCCCUCUACUCCCUCACUCACCCCAACUCCCUCUCUAUGGCUGACUGUUUGGGAUGGCUAUCCUCAACCUCCUGCCCCAUGGACUGUGCUGUACAGUGCUCUGACACUGUGGAUGGAUGGAUGGAUGGAUGGAUGGAUGGAUGGAUGGAUGGAUGGAUGGAGGGGUGGUUGUGUCUGGGUGGGGGUAUUGAUCUGUUCCCUGCUGUGAACCCAAUGAUGGAGGUUGUGAGUCCUGGACAUGUGGGCCAUUAUGCUGACGGACUGUGGCAGCGACUCAGUCCCCACCUCUCACUCAAAGGGAGGACAGUGGAUAUGAAAUGUCAAACCUUUUCAAAGUGUUAGUGUGUGUGUGUGUGUGUGUGUGUGUGUGUGUGUGUGUGUGUGUGUGUGUGUGUGUGUGUGUGUGUGUGUGUGUGUGUGUGUGUGUGUGUGUGUGUGUGUGUGUGUGUGUGUGUGUGUGUGUGUGUGUGUGUGUGUGUGUGUGUGUGUGUGUGUGACGGAAUGUGUGUGCGUGCGUGCCUACGCAUAACCUGUAAGUCUGCUUGUGUUUGGUGUGUAAAACCAGUACCACAAGAACAAAUAUCUAAGCAAGAUUCUGAUUUCUACCCACUGUUAUCAUUUACAGAUGAUAUAAAAUCAUUAUUUCGUAACUCAUUUGUAGAUUUUUAUAUUUCCAUUCAGAUUUCUGUUAGACACAGUUUUCCUUGUAUGUAUUGUACUGUAUGUUCUCUGUUUUAGAGUCUGGAUGAGAUCUAGGUACUUAUUUAUUUCAGUGUUUGUGUUUGUCUUCUCUUCUCUUCUGUUAUCCCAUUCUCUCGCUCACUCUACAAUGCCUUAAGCAUUGAAAUAGUUCACUCUUCUGUAUAUGAAGUUUCACAGAGGAAGGAGGAUAGUACAACGGUACAAAGAGGCGUAUUCAAUAAGAGGAAGAGAAUGACAGUAUUGGGAAAGUGUUUGAACAGAUGAAGCCACAAGCACCGUGAUUCUCCCAUACUGUGCCUCCAGCUGCACAUCCAUAGCGACAGAACUGAAACCUUUUAACACACUGCAUUGUUCAUGUUGCUUCUCUACGCCCCGCUGAAAGUGUUUUGGUUUGGUUUCCCACACUGCACUGGUAACUGAUGACCUGUGGUUGGCCGCAGGAAUUAAUAAAGGUGAAAAGGUCGGAGUUCAUUGUUGAAAUGACACAGGCGAUAGUCAACAUAUACAGUUGAAUUCAGAAGUUUACGUACACUUAGGUCGGAGUCAUUCAAACUCUUUAUUCAACCACUCCACUAAUUUCUUGUUAACAAACUAUAGUUUUGACAAGUCGG